UCGAUAAAGUAAUACAUAGAUUACCCGUGAUUCAAUUUGGCGAGUCGUCAUCAUAAAAGUGACGUAUAUCAGUGGUAAAACAAGAAAAUAAAGCAUGGAUAAUGUUACGUCUGAUAAGACGGAGAAUAAAACUGCAUCCUUGACUGCUAACGCGCUUAAAAUGCCAUCGUGGUUGCUGGAGAUGACUGACAAUAUAGAAAGGAUUAAUGUAAGUAACGAUACCAAAUCACUAAAAAUGGAAACAUUUUUAUUAAUCGAUGACCAGCAUCAUUUUAAAAAGAUCACUAUCAAGAAAGAAGAUGAAGAUACAAACAAUGAACCUAGUAGCUAUCAAUCAAACUUAAGCCAUCUUUAUAUCGAUGCUAAUAUUAAGUUACAAACACCCACAAGCAAAUCACUGCCGAAUACACCAAAGAACGAACAAGUACAAGUUAAACGAAAAACACGCGCUUGUUCUGCCGUUGUGAAUGCAAAGCAUCGUACGAAGAAUAAUUUUCAUGGAUUGGAUGCAUAUUUGGAAAAAAAACAGAUGGAAAAGCAUGGCAUAGCAUCCGGAAAUUAUAGCGACAAUAAAACUAGCGACGAGGAAUCUUACUUUGAACAUCGAUUAUCAAAUGUUUCGAAUUGUGCAGAUACUCGAUUACAUUUGUCAGAUGACAAUUAUCUUAACGGUUCCACAUUUAGUAUACAGAAUGAAGGAAAUCCGAAAUUAUUAUCUGGUCAAUAUCAAGAAAUCUUGAAAUCUCUCCGCCUUAUGUCAAACAAUUCUAUUGUUAAAUCAUUUGUUAUUCUCUUCGAAUAG